CAUUAAUUAGCCAAUAUUUGAAAUAUUAUUAAAAAUGAGUAAUAAUCAUAACAAAUCUCAGAGCUCAGGCAAGGUUACUUAUGGAGAUAGUUCAAUAAGCAACCCUGGCUUUGACCCAAGAGAGAUCCAGAUGAAUGAACAAGGCCAGCUGAUUGAUAAGAAAGGAAAUGUUAUCCAUAUUGAGACCAAAGGGCAGAAAAAUAACAAGUCUAAUGCCAGAAAGAUGAGGAAUUUACAGAGAAGACAACAGUUCAAGCAAAAGAAAUUCAAAAAUAAUAGCGAGUUUUAUGACCCUGAUCUUGAAGAUAAUGCUUCAAAGAGGAGAAAUAGGAGAAAAAUUAUGGGGCUUCAUUUUAGCGAACCUGGAAGCCAUAUCAAGAGAGCUGAAAUGAUCAGGAAUAGGCAAAUGAGCAAGAAGGAGGAAGAGAAGAAGACAGAAGCUCCCCCUCCUCCAACAGAAACCAAGAUAGAUGCCAAAGCUGAAUUAUUGAGAAGAAUUGACAAACUAAAGCCUCUUGAUCCUCUCCCAGAUGUUGAAUGGUGGGAUGCCAAAUUGCUUCCUGAAGGAGUCAAAACUUUCUCUGUUGGGGACCCAAAUAAGGAAGGCUUCAAAAUAACCGAGGAAGAUUUUAACUCAUCAAAAUGCACUAAUCUAAUCCAUCAUCCAAUCCCAACCAAGAAUCCAUGAGUUGAAGCAAUAAGAGGGAAGACAAAGAUCUUAUUGACAGAUAAAGAGAAGAAAAGGCUUAAAAAGUUGAGAAAAGCUGAAAAAGUCAAAGAAAUACACGAAAAGAUCCAUCUAGGAUUAGUCCCAGCUCCAGAGCCAAGACUCAAGAUGUCUUCAUUCAUGAGAGCAGUAACUGCCCAAGCAGUUGCUGAUCCUACCAAAGUAGAAAGAGAAGUCAGAAGGCAGGAAAAAGAGAGACAACAGAAGCACAUCGAACAUAAUGAGAAGAGAAAACUCACCAAAGCUCAAAGAGUCGAAAAAUUUAAGGCCAAAAUGGAGAGAGAUGCUAAGAAAGAGACUUGGACUGCUGUUUUUAAGGUUCACACUCUCACUGACCCUAAGCACAAAUUUAAAGUAGACAUGAAUGCUCAACAACUGUACCUAAACGGAUGUCUGAUCAGCACAGAUAACCUCUCAGCCCAGGGAGGAAUGCACUUCCCCAACCUGGUCGUUGUAGAAGGUGGAAGAGUCGCAGUCAGAAAAUAUAAAAGACUUCUCUUAAGAAGAAUAAAGUGGGUCAAGAAAGAAGGUAGUGAUAGUGAAGAAGACUCUGAAGAUGAAGCCCAAAAGAAAUUGGAUUUGGUUUCUACUGAACGUUGCGCCCUUAUCUGGGAAGGGCCUCUUAUGGAAGGCUUCUUUGAUAAAUGGAAAGUUGUGGAAAUUGAGAAUGAACAUGAAGCUCUGAGAACCUUGAAUGAAAGAGGUUGUGAACACUACUGGUCAAACAUGCUUAGUCAUAAGAUUGAGUAGUUUCAACUAUUUGCUCUCUAUUU